UACUAAUCUAUUGUCAUUACAUCUAUUACUAAUACCCAUCUAUUGUUUCUUAUUAUAUACCAAUCGUAUUUUUGUGACUACGAACCAGUUAUGAAAGUGAAUAUCGAAUAAGUAAGGUAUUCUUAUGAUCCUACUAACUGUAAGUGUAUUAGAUUCUGAUAGAGCUCUAUCAGAGACUUCGGCAAGUGACUAACUUACAACGUAGUGAAUAAAAAGAACGUAGGUCACAAUUAUUUUCUACAAAAAUGCAUAAAGUUUACUCCAGAUUCAAUAAUUUUUGUUGUCAAAAGCAAUUGACAAAUGUUCAUUUCGGCGGUAGAGAUAAAUUUGGUAUAUCUCUUCAUAAUUCGCCGAUACUAAAGUUUCCUCAAGCCACUGCUCUGAAGUUACCAACUAAUGUUGUUAAUAUUUAUGCAACUGAAAUGGGAAGAUUUUCGCCUAUGAGAGAAAGAGACAUAUCUGGACCAGUUAUCAAUGCUUAUCAUGAUAAGAAUGUUAUGAAAAUAGAUAUAACCGUUCAAUCAGAUCCAUAUGCUCAUAAAUAUGAUUGUCGUGGUGCUGUAAGUUUGUCUUCAUCUAUGCAGAGCAAUGUGCCCAGCCCCUUCAGUGGAAAUCACACACAUUUGAAUAUGCCAGGCUCACAGUGGGGCCAAGGAUACAAGUACUUAUCUGACCAUCUUCAAGGAGCUCAUUAUCUUACGCUAAGAAACGAAUACCGUGAUAGGUUAUUUACAGGAGCCAUUGGAACAAGAAACAUGAGUACAGAUACUGCUAAUAAUCCCAUGAGUGCAAAAGAAAAAUUAAAAAAAGCUGUCAAAGAUUAUGGUGCAACAGUCAUUGUAUUUCAUGUUUCCAUCUCAAUUAUGUCUCUGGGAAUAUGUUAUGUACUUGUAUCAAGUGGGGUAGAUCUUGUAGCAGUUCUGAAAUAUUUUAAUGUUGGCGAGGGGAAACUAUCUAACAUGAUCACAUCGAAUGCUGGGACUUUUGUGAUAGCAUAUGCUAUUCAUAAAGUUUUAGCACCAGCUCGAAUAGGAAUCACACUAACUGCAACCCCAUUCAUAGUGAGAUACUUAAGGAACAAAGGCAUUUUGAAACAUAAUAUCAAUUCAGGUGGUGGAAAUUAAUUGUGAUUUUAUGUUUUAAUAUUUUAGAUUAUAGAGGGGAAAGUUAUGGGUUACUUUAUAACUUAAAUGUAUGAUCAUACACAUGUUAUUACUGUAAACAGUGUACAAGAUAUUCUUUAUUUCUAUGUAUAGAUGUAGCUUAAUCUUAGGAUAUAUUUUUUGUAUACAUACUUACAUAUUUUUCAUUUUUAAUAUUGAAUAAAAAUAUUUAACUUAA